AUGGGGCUUGACGUCCAGCUAUUCCGUGACGAAAAGGGGGCUGACCUCAUCCGCGAGUCCCAACGUCGGCGCUUUGCAGAUCCCACCAUUGUGGAUGCUGUAUUAGACGCAGACAAGAGCUGGCGGCGCACGCAGUUUCUGACCGAGGUCUACAACAAGCUCAUAAACGCCUGCAGCAAGCUCGUCGGUGCGAAGAAGAAAGCAAAGGAGUCUGACGGGGACACCUCUGAGGUUCCCGAGACGAUUCGAGUCGCCUGGAAGAAAGGGGAGCUUAACCCAGAUCAACUGAAGGAUCUCAGCGUGCUGCAGCUAAAGCAGCUAUCUAAGGAUCUCUCCGACCAUGUGCUGGGGCUUGCAAGGGAAGCAACAGAGUUGGUGGCCAAGCGGGAUGGCCUAGUGCUCAGCGUCGGAAACAUCGUUCAUGAAUCCGUUCCUGUGGCGGAAGAUGAGGAUACGGGUAACACCGUCGUCCGCACCUUUGGUGACGUGAACAAGAGAGCAAAACUUAAUCAUGUGACGAUCAUGGAGCGCUUGGGUAUGAUGGACGCAACAAAGACUGUCACCUCCAUGGCUGGCGGGAGGGCCUACGUGCUGAAGGGUGGACUCGUUCAGCUACAACUGGCGCUUCUGUCGUAUGGUAUGAACUUUCUUGUCAGUCGAGGCUACACCCCGUUUUACCCACCCUUCUUCCUGAACAAGGAAGCCAUGUUCGAGGUGGCGCAGCUCUCGCAGUUCGAUGAAGAGCUUUACAAAGUCACGGGUGAGGGCGAUGAGAAGUACUUGAUUGCCACGAGCGAGAUGCCCAUCGCGGCGUACCACCGAGGUAAGUGGUUUUCGGAGCUGAAGGAGCCGUUGAAGUACGCUGGUAUGUCGAGUUGCUUCCGCAAGGAGGUCGGCGCUCACGGCCGUGACACGCUCGGCAUCUUUCGUGUGCAUCAAUUUGAUAAGUUGGAGCAGUUUUUUGUCUGCUCCCCACAGGAGGGGGAGUCCUGGCGGCAUCUUGAGGACAUGAUUUGCACCUCCGAGGAAUUCUACCAGAGCCUUGGGCUGCCGUACCGCGUCAUCAACAUUUGCUCCGGUGCGUUGAAUAACGCGGCUGCCAAGAAGUACGAUCUUGAGGCCUGGUUCCCCGCCAGCGGGGCCUUCCGCGAGUUGGUGUCGUGCUCCAACUGCACAGACUACCAGGCGCGCGGUGUGAAUUGUCGGUUUGGGUCAAACAUGCGCAACGUAUCGGCAAACAACGUCAAGGAGUACUGUCAUAUGCUGAAUGGAACACUGUGCGCCAUCACCAGAACGAUGUGCUGCAUCUGCGAGAAUUAUCAAACAGAAGAAGGCGUGGUCAUUCCCGACGUGCUGCGUCCAUAUAUGAUGGGUAUCGAGAUGCUGAAGUUUGCGGACAACGUGCCAUCUGCGGAAGUGACGGAGCAAGAGUAA